AUGAUGUCCAGGACCCUGAAGCUCACCCUGCUGGCCUUGGCUUGUACUGUGGACCUGAGCCAGGCCAGUGGCUUCACAGAAAAUGGCCUCUCACUGCUGAGCUACCAGCUGUGCAGCUACCCGGUGACUCAACGUGUCCAGAGGCUGCAGGAGGUGCAGACCUCCCACACAGCCUACGUGCACUGUGGAGGAUGGAUCCCAUGGAAGAAGUGCCCCAAGACCGUGUACCGGACCCAGUACCUGGCGGUGGAGGUCCCCGAGUCCAGGAAUGUGACCAGCUGUUGUGAGGGCUUUGAGCAGCUUGGCUUUUACUGUGUUCUGUCCCUGAACCGAUCCAGAGAGUUUGCGUCAAGACCUGGGGUCUGCCCCACAGCAGAGCCAGAGUCACCCAGCCCACCAUGCAGCUUGGACACUGAUUGCUCUGGACUUCAGAAGUGCUGCUCCUGGUCAGGGACCCGCCGCUGUGCGACCCCUGUACCCACAGGUGCAGAGAGGACCCUGGUGAGCUGGUACAAUGUGACUGUGCUGGUGAAGAUGGGCUUUGAGGACCUGCAACGGGAGGACCCUGGCUUCCGGAACCACACGCGCCUGCUCUACUCUUUGGUCACCAGUGCCUUGCAGCCUCUGAACCCAGCUGUACACUACCUGAACUCAGCUGGUGGCAAGGACACAGUCACCACGGUGUCAUGGCUGCUGCUGGGCCUUCCACGGCUCUUGACGGUGGGCAACGUCUCGGCCAUGUUGGAUGACAUGGUGAAUCGAGUCUACGAAGUGAUCAGCAUCCAGGUGCAAGAUGUGAAUGAGUGCUUGCACAGUGAGCUCCGUGCCUGCUCUGAAGGAGAGCAGUGUCUGAACACAGAGGGCUCCUACCAGUGCGUCGCUACCCGGCAGCUGAACCACACAGACGAAGACUGCCCUCCAAUCCGAGACUUGGUGGCGCUUGAUGUCACGAGCAGCAGUUUUCACGUGUCCUGGAGUCUGAAUUCCACUCAGAACCACACUUUCCACAUCCAAGUGUACAAAGGCGGAGAAACACUCAGAAGCACCUGGACGAGGAGCCGGACUCUGGCUGUGCCUGGGCUGGAGGCUGGAGUACUGUACAGAGUGAGGACCAGCUACCAGGGGUGCGGGGCCAAUGUCUCGGCCACACUGGUUGUCAAGACAGAUGCCCGGGUUUUCCAAGUCACCAUACGGAUCAUGGACCGUAACCUGACAGAGCAGAUUCUCAACUGCAGCAGCGAGGAAUUCAGGAACUUUUCUCAACAGCUGUUUCUUGAGAUGGAAAACUCCUUCCCCCCAGCCAUUUUUGACAUGUACAGACGAGGGAAGCUGAGGCUGCAGAUCAUGUCCCUGCAGCCAGGGAGCCUGGUGGUGACACUUUUAGUCACCCUGAAAGAUCCUGAGUUUCCAGUGGGGGUCUCCACACUAAGGCCCUUACUCCAGCGGCUGGCCGUCAGCACCAUGUUCCGGGUUGACCAGCAGGGGACGCUAGUGCAAGACUGGGACGAGUGCGCCCACAGCUCUGAGCACGACUGCCACCCAACCGCCCGCUGCAUCAACCUGGAGGGCUCCUACACAUGCCAGUGCCUCACAGCCAGGGAUGCCAACCCCUCCCGGGCUGGCCGGGUCUGCAAGGGUGACAUGGUGACCCCCACAGGAAGUGGACUGUCUGUAACAACAAAGGUCACCACCCCAACUGUCAGCGUGGGAAUAACAGGCUUUGGUCCAGAGACCCUUACCUUGUCACCAAGUCCCAGGCACCCAAGGAGCACCCCAACAAGAAGUCAAGCUUGGACCCCAGGGCCUCCAUCUGGGAGAGAUGGUAGCAGCACAGCCAGGCAGGAGAGGACUAGCACAGGGCAAGGUGUGGAGACACUCAGCACGGCCCUAAGCCUGGGGACGAGCCAUGGAAGUCCCAGCAGUAUGACAAGCUCCUUUCCCAGCACUCUAGGGCCAACCUAUGGUUCCCCUCAGAAGACCACAGAUGUCCCACUGCAUUCCACCAGAGAGCCCCAGGAAAACUUCACCACAGGCCCACCCUCGGUGACUGCUUCACCCACAAGCUAUGUUGUAUGGCACCCCAGUCCCAUUUGGGAGACACCCCCUCCGAACUCCACAAGACUGCAGAAUGAAGUUUCUCGACCUUCCUCCUUCCCUGGCCUGCCCUCGGCCUCAACCCCUGUGGCUCCAGAGCCCCCUGCCUGUGUUCCUGGACCCAUUGGAAAGAUCACCGUCUCCAACGUGACCAGUACCAGCUUCUCCCUGCAGUGGUCAAUGGACAUCAGCUUCUCGCCUACCUUCUACCUCACUUUGGUCUCUCCUCGGGGACCCGCCGUAACUAUGGAGACCCAGGACAACAAUGUGACAUUGUCAGGUCUGGAGCCCGGAGCAUUGCACCUGGUAGAGAUCGUGGCCAAGGUGUGUGGGAAAGAAGGUUCCAGAACACAGCUGAGGGUGCGGACAGUGGCCCGGAAACUUGCGGGUGAAGUCCGGAUAGCAAACAUCCGGUAUUCAGAAUCCCUCCGAAAUGCCAGCAGCAGGGAGCACCGAGACUUCGUACAGUUAUUCUUCAGGACGGUGCGGGACUCCUUACCGGCCACGCUGCGUCAGCACAUGGACACGGGCGAGAUCCACGUGGACAUCAUCAACAUCACAAAUGGCAGCGUUGUGGUGGAGUUUAAUUUGCUAAUAACGGCAGACCUGGAUGUCAGGGAGGUGUCUGCCACCUUCCUCACAGCCCUACAGAAUACAUCGGUGCUGGAGGUGGUCAAAGGCAAAACCUUUCUACAAGAUUACAAUGAGUGUGAAAUGAGAGAGGAUGACUGUGAGCCUGGGACAUGCAGAAACACCUUCGGGUCUUUCACGUGUAGCUGUGAUGGGGGAGGACCUGACUCAUAUGUGGAAUAUUCUGGAAGAUCCUGUGAUGGGGACUCUUCUAGCAACAUAGUCCAGACCCCAGGCCCAGAGUGGCCCCCUACCCCAGCAGGAACUAGAGGUGCCCCUGUGCCAGAUUCCAGCUCUGUGGCCCAGGGCCAGCCCCGGAGGCUGAACCUGACAGACGCAGUUGGCGUAUCCUGUGAGAUUGAGAUGGUGGUCAUCACCAUCCAGAAGCGCUUUCUGCAGCAGGAGGCCAUACCCGAGGCCUCCCUGUACCUGGGAGAGCCCUCCUGCAACGUGAGCAAGAGCAACAGCACACACGUGUUCCUGGUGGCUGGCUGGGGCGAGUGCGGGACCCUCGUACAGAGCAACAUGACCAGCACAGUGGUGACCACCACACUGAAGAAUGACCUGUCCCCGGAGGGCGUCAUCCACCACCUGCAGAUCCUCAGUCCCAUCCACUGCGCCUUCCGCAAUGACCUUCUGACUUCCUCAGGCUACACCCCGCAGUGGGGGGUCUACACCAUCUUCGAAGACCUCCACGGCACCGGAAGCUUCAUCACUGAAAUGCAACUGUUCAUCGGGGAUUCUCCCAUACCUCAGAAUUAUAGCGUGUCGGCCAGUGAUGAGAUCAAAAUCGAAGUGGGGCUCCACAGGCAGAAGAGCAGCCUUAAGGUGGUGCUGACGGAGUGCUGGGCCACCCCCUCCAGCAACGCCAGGGACCCCAUCACCUUCGGCUUCAUCAACAACAGCUGCCCUGUUCCCAACACCUACACCAGUGUGAUCCAGAACGGCAACUCCAGCAAGGCCCAGUUCAAGCUGAGAAUCUUCUCCUUCGUCAACAAUUCCAUCGUCUACCUGCACUGCAAGCUGCGAGUGUGCAUGGAGAACUCCAGGAACACAUGCAGGAUAAGCUGCAAUGACUUCCGGUUGCUGAGAAGCAGUGAAGCCGAGCACCAGAUGUCCUGGGGGCCCCUCCGUAAGUCUGAAGGUGAACCUGAAUGUGCAAAGCCAGGCCUGGGGACUAGUUACAUCAUCAUCAUUGCAGUGGCUGCAGUUACUGUGGUAGCUGGGGCGGCAGCCCUUCUGAUCCUGCGUUACCAGAGAAUGAAGGGGAAAUACAGUCUCAGAAUCCAGACCGAUGACUUCAGCUACCAAGUGUUCUCUCAGUAG